AUGACAUCCUUACAUCGAAUUCAUCGCCAAUUAUACAAAUCUCAUCCGCUCUUCCAUCUACACUCUCUGACACGUCGCUUCUCAUCCUCCACCAUGCCCCCCAGCACCGACGUUGACGCCUUCCACGAGGUCCUCCGCUCAAGCAAGCGCAUCCUCGCCCUCUGCGGCGCCGGGCUCUCAGCCUCUUCCGGUCUUCCCACCUUUCGCGGCGCCGGCGGUCUCUGGCGAAACUACGAUGCCACCACCCUCGCCACGCCGACCGCCUUUGGUCAAGAUCCUGGCCUCGUCUGGAUGUUUUACGGAUAUCGGCGUCACAUGGCCUUGAAUGUCAAGCCGAAUCCCGCUCACUACGCGUUGGCUGCGCUGGCGGAGAAGAAUAAGGACUUUUUGUGCUUGACGCAGAAUGUUGAUAACCUCUCUCCAAGAGCAAACCACCCCCCAGAACAGCUCCGCACGCUCCACGGUUCCCUCUUCGACAUCAAGUGCUCCAACAGUCGGUGUGACUGGAAACAGCACGGCAACUACGACGACCCUUUCUUCCCGGCCCUCGCCCCGGCCUCAGAGGAUCCAGAGCCCGGAAAGCCUUUUCCCUUGCUGGACCCUUUCCAUCCUCUGGAGCCGAUCCCGAAGGACCAGAUCCCCAAGUGUCCCAAGUGUGAGAAGGGAUUCCAGAGACCUGGUGUGGUGUGGUUCAAUGAGGGUCUGGAUAUGGACAUGCUGGAGGGCAUUGAUAACUGGCUUGACCAGGGCAAAGUGGAUCUGAUGCUCGUUAUUGGUACAUCAGCCAAGGUAUGGCCUGCAGCAGGCUAUAUCGACCAGGCUCGGGACAAAGGCGCGCGAGUGGCCGUCAUCAACAUGGAGGCAGCAAACGACAGAGGCAAGGAUCCCAAGUCCAAAGACUUUUUCUUUGGCCAGGACGCGGCCGAGUGCUUGCCCCUGCUGCUUGAGCCUAUAAUCGGGAAGCUCGAGAUAGGCAAUCAGUAA